UGUGUGUGUGCGUGCAUGUACAUGAGUGAGUGCCUGCGUGCGUCCGCUCGGCCGCGUGUGCGUUACGAUUCGCGAAUGAUUACGACGGGCGUGCACGCGGACCGCCGCAAAACGCGACUCGUCGCCGGCGGUGUCGUCGCAUCGUCGCCCGGACACGAUCUCGCGUCGUCGCCGUCUCCGUCGCUGACGCGCGUAUUCGCCGGCGUCUCUCGCGAAUCCGCUCGCGACCGACAGUGUGAACGAACGGCGCGCGCGCGUUGCGUUAUGCCGCGCCGUCGACGGUAGUGCACGUGUGUGCCUGCACGGGAGUGAGCGAGCGAGAGAGAGAGAGAGAGAGAGAGAAAGCGUGUUAUGUAGGCUCGUUAUCACGAGCGAUACGCGGAUGACUUUUGUUCGGCUCGUUGGAACGCGUCCGAUCCGCUCGGUGCAGGCCGCUGCAAUCUGACAGGUCGUCAUGCGACCAUGGACACCGAAAGCGGCAGCAACAGCGUCAGCGACAGCGUCGGCGACGAGCAAAACCGCGACAGCAGCAAACCAGUCCUGCCGAAGCGCGACAGUGCCGCCCACAACAAGUCGCACGACCGACAAGUUGACCGCGCGCGUGAAAUGAACGCGACGCCGGAAGAGGAGGACGUCGUGUCCGACGACACGGACCCGGACGUCAUCAGGAUCAGCCACCAUCAGCAUCAGUACGUGAAGCGCAGCGAGAGCGAGCCCGAAUGGUCCGCGGAGGAGAGAGGUCACCUGUUGAGUCCGUCCGCUCGCAAAAUUAUCGUCGCCCCGACGGCGACCGGCAACAACGUUCGCAAGACGAUUGGUCGCAACGACAGCCCCGGCAGCGGUCAGGACAGGUGUUCCCCCCGCUGGCAACAGAGCGAGUCCAGGUCGAGCCCGAGUCGCGACAACGAAGCUCAAAGCCCUGGCAGACUCUUCGACCAGGUCGUCGCGAGACAUCAUUACCGUUGUCCCUGUGUACGCUCGCUGAAGCCUGCGGUCGUCAUAGACGAGUGUCAGCAGCAUUGCUCCUGCUGCCAUCAGCCACCCACCUGGGCCUCCAUCCUGUACGCCGAUGUGAACGGCGGCAGCCAAGCCCGCUCAUACCCUGACGCGCUCUCGAUCAGAUCUCUGGCGUCGAUCGGCCUGGGCUCUUCCGACGGCCGGAAGCUCACGAUACGUAGAGUUCCCACUUCGCCGUCGGAGCUGCUUAACAUGGUACAUCCGCCGCCGUUCGAGGACGAUCUGUCCACGUGCACCAGCUACGAUGACGGGGACGCGGACGACCCGAGCGAUUACCGGCAGCCCAGGAGGCCGCAUUGGGCGAACAAGGUGCAAUUCGUGCUGGCUUGCAUCGGCUACUCCGUCGGCCUCGGCAACGUCUGGAGAUUUCCCUAUUUGUGCUACAAGAGCGGCGGCGGUGUGUUCCUCGUGCCUUACUUUUUGAUACUCAUAGUAUGUGGAGUACCAUUGCUGUACAUGGAGCUCAGCAUCGGACAGUUCACUCGUCGCGGCCCGAUCGGCGCGCUGGGUCAAGUGUGCCCGUUGUUGAAAGGAGCUGGCUUAUCGUCGGUCGUGAUAUCGUUUCUGUUGUCAACUUACCACAAUGUGAUAAUAGCCUAUGCAAUUUAUUACUUCUUUGCGGCAUUCCGUGCGGAGCAGCCGUGGUCGCGUUGCGACAACUCAUGGAAUUCGCCGCGCUGUUGGCUGCCCAGUUAUGGAUCGAUCGAUAAUCGGACUAGACCGAAUUCGACGAGGACACCGUCCGAGGAAUUCUUCGACAAAAAAGUCUUGCAAAUUAGUAACGGAAUCGAAGAGCCUGGGGCUCUGAGAUGGGAACUCGUGGCGUGCUUGAUUACUGCGUGGAUCAUGGUAUACUUCUCUAUUUGGAAGUCGAUCAAGUCGUCGGCGCAAGUGAGAUAUCUCACAGCGACUCUCCCCUUCCUCCUAAUCGUCGUCUUCCUCACACGUUCUCUCACGCUGGAAGGUGCCGAGAAAGGUUUGCAGUUUUUCUUUCAUCCAAACUGGGAACUGCUGAAAGACGCUAAGGUCUGGAUAAAUGCCGCGGCGCAGGUCUUUAAUUCCGUGGGUAUCGCCUUCGGUUCGAUGAUAUGCUUCGCCAGUUACAACAGAUUCCACAACACGAUUCUGGUGGACACCGUCGCCGUGUCGCUCAUAAACGCCUUCAGCAGCCUCUUGGUCGGGAUAUUCUCGUUCGCCACGAUCGGCAAUAUAGCGUCGGAACAGAAUACGUCCGUUGAAGAUGUCCUGACUGACGGACCUGGGCUGGUCUUCGUGAUCUAUCCGCAAGCGUUAGCCAAGAUGCCGGCUUCGCAGCUUUGGGCUGUGCUAUUCUUCUUCAUGCUGGUUUGUCUUUCGCUCAACAGUCAAUUCGCCGUGGUGGAGGUAGUCGUCACGUCGAUCCAGGACGGCUUCCCCAAUUGGGUGAAGCGUCAUCUUCUCUGUCACGAGAUACUGGUCCUGCUUAUAUGCGUCGUCUCGUUCUUGUUCGGGUUGCCGAAUAUCACACAGGGUGGUAUUUACUUUUUCCAACUGAUAGAUCACUAUGCCGCGUCCAUGUCCAUCAUGUUCUUGGCAUUCUUCGAGAUAAUCGCCAUCUCGUGGCUCUACGGCGUGCGCCGGCUGUGCAACAACGUCAAAGAGAUGACCGGCCGCCUGCCCUCGGUGUACUUUCGCUUUUGUUGGUUUAUCGCCGCACCUCUCCUCAUAAUGGCCGUAUGGGUGUUUAGCUUAAUUGAUUAUGAGCCACCAACCUACCAUAAUGGCGACUACAUUUACCCAUGGUGGGCAGAGGCGAUCGGAUGGGGCAUCGCGUCUCUCUCCUUAAUUUGCAUUCCCGCUUUUGCCGUUUGCGUACUCGUCAGAGCGGAUGGCGUCACGUUUGCCGAGAAACUCAAGAAUUCCAUAAAACCGCAUUUUGAGGCGUGCAAGGUGUGCGGGCAAGAAUAUUGCGUGGAGCCGAUGCACAAUCUGGAGGAGAACGUACAAAAGGAACCCCAAGUUGACAUGAACACUUCCAUACCAUUGAAUUCGCACUACCUGCUGAAGCCUCAGAUGUGACUUUAUACGGUUAUACUUAAUCGUAACCCAGGCGAGUCGAGAUUUAACAAGAAGAAAGGAAAAAUGAAUUAAAAACAAGAACACGUACCUUAUAUCGUCAGUCAUCACAACAGCUGUCGCGAGACGAUCAACAUUCCAUUAUUUAUAGCUCCUUACAAAUACGAUAAUUAGCCGCGAGAGUCAUUAAUGUAAGAAAGUAUCCGUUACGCUAAUGUUAUUACUUCCCGCAAAGUAAUAAUCUUAAUAUUCUUUACGCCAUCAUCGUGUGAUAGAUCAUAGACAAGCACUGAUUCGAAGUAGGAUUACAUUGUUGACAGUACAUUUAAUAAAUUAUUAUGUA